AUGGCUACUGACGUAUUAGAUGAAAAUCGCUUUACAAGUCAAUGUUCUCUCUAUGAACCUGCUAGUCAUCGGUUAUCCACAGAUUCAAAACGUUACUCAACAACAGAAUCGACAAUACCAUUAAUUCCAACAAGAUCGAAUCCUAGACCAAUGAAUACUUCACAUAUAAAACAGUCUGUCUCAACAAGUGCGCCAUCAAAUCCUACAAGCACUAAUUCCAUUCAGAGUCGACAUUCAACUUCUAAUGAUUUCUUAUCUUUAAUUCGAUCAGUUGCCAUGAAACCUUUCAAAACAUCAUCCGCAGUAAAUACCGUGACUGAAGGACAAACAAAUAAUGCUAUAGGUGGUAAUCAUAUACAUGAUAAACCAUCGGUCAGUCUCGUAAAAUAUCGUCCAUUAAGUGACAAUGUCAGCGAUCAAACAUUCUAUACACAAUCAACUCGUGAAACUGGAAAUUUUCUUAAACGUAUGGGUUGGCCAGUAAAUUCAUCUACCGACGAAGCACGUGUAAAAUGGAAAAUAGCAAUGAAAUUUUUAAUUCCAAUGAAAUUUGAUGUUAAUCGAGCAAUUAAUUUGUAUAGAGCACAUGAAAAUGUUCGUAAAAUUGAAAAUCUCGAUCGUAUUUGGAUUAGUAAUCCUCAUCUUAUUCGUGAAAUUCAAUCGAACAAAUUUUUUUCUUUCCGAUUAUUACCAAAUCAACCAUUGAAUAUUUAUUUUACAGCAGCACCUCUUAUUGAUUUUGCAUCAAUGAAUUCACUUUCACAACAAGAGCGAGAGUUAAUUUCUCUACAAGCAUUAGUUUGUCAACUUGAUGUUGCCACUGAAAGUGCGGAAGUUCAAAAUAGUGGUUUAAAUUUUAUAUAUGAUAUGCAAAAUUGUUCAACAUCUCAAUUUGAUAUGAAUCUCUGUAGAAAAAUUCUUAAACUUCUUCAAGGUAACUAUCCAGCCAUGGUAACAAUGUAUACACCAGAUCAAAUGCGUGACGUACUUAUAACUCAUUAUGGUUAUCUAUUAGAUGAUGUACCAAUAUCAUUAGGUGGUUCAUUGAAUCCAACACUUAGUGGUAAUACUCGUUAUCAAACAUGUUUAUCAACAGUAAAUGAUUCUCAAUCCAUAUGUCAUUCAUAUUAUUCAUUGGAUUGCCAACCUAUAACAACAAAAACAACAAGUAGUAUUAAAUUUAUUAAAACUGAUUAUCAUCAUCAUCAAAAUCAAGACACAGCAUCAAUAUUAUCUUCAACAACAACAGCAUCAACAACAACUUCACCAAGAUCAUUAGUUGCUAUUGUCACAUUAAGACGUCAUCAUGAAUCAUCAUCGUCAUCACAAGUUCGUGUUCGAAAACGUGAAUCAUCAUCAUCAAGUAAUAGUGAUAAACGACGACGAUCAAAUGAAAGUCUUAUUGAAGAAGAACCUCCAAUUAUGAAAUCAUUAACUUAUAUACCACAAGAAAUAUCAAUCGAGUAA